GUCCCGGGCGUCGAGGCGCCCGACGUCGCGGUCCAACACGCGCUUUCCCCGACGAGGAAAACUCACGCUUGACGUGCGCUUAUCAAGUGCCGCGGUGGUGCUCGAAAGUCCCUCGCUGAUGAAUUAAAUCGCCCGGAAUAAUUAGCAGCUCGACGUUGAUGUGCUCCUAAAAUCCGAAUUAAUUGUAGACGGUUUGACGGGUCGUGCGUGAAAUUACUUUACUUCUGAUAAAAUGAAUAGAAAAUAAAAUAAAAUAACGAACGUCGUGGGGAAAAUUGUAUCACAAUUUUCUGUAUCAACCGAGGAUCUUACGGAGAUAUUAUUAUUGAAUUGUAUUUGUGCAGUUUGAUUAAUUGGAAAUUUUUAAUCGGACACGCGUUUAAAUAGUCAAGUUAAUUGUCGUACCUGCGUUGUUGUUUCUUUUAUUUUCGUUAUUUUUUGCUUUCUUUCAUUUGAGUUCGUUUCAUCACGUUCGUACGUUUCGGAGUGGUUGAUAAACAAAUGUAAAGGUACAAGUGCACGAAUGAGGAUUCUUGAUCGUUAAAACAUAUAAUAAUUAGUAAUGCGUGCUACGAAUGACUGCAAUAUACACUUUUAUCAAGGAUGUGAGAGAUAUCAAGUCUGAACGGGGGCUAAAUCUACUCGAGAGAUGUCGUCGAGCGGGGAGUUUUCAACCCUUUCGAGCGGCGAGGCGACCGGCACGGGCGACGAUUCAUUGCCAAGCUCGAGGGAAGCUACAGCCGAGGCUGCUGGCUCUGGAGGAGGCUACGUUCCCCUGCGCGAGUUCCUCGACAGAUUCUCCCUGCCGAGAGUUGUCAGGAUCGAAGGCGCUGGGACAAGGCCAAUUCUACUCUACAAGCAGCAGCAGCGCUCCCUGAGAGUCACCGCAACCCUGCUGAUGCACCGAUACCGCCACGACGUCAAAGUUGGACCCGAAAUUGUCAUCCCCGAAGGAUAUCCCGGUUGGUUUUCCGUGGUGUCGCCAGGUAGCGGAACCGGAAGUGCGAGAGUUUACAGGAGAGUCGGCGCUCUGGUUCGAGCCGGAGUCCCGGCGUUCCUUCUGGCAAAACCGCUCCGAGCUUACACCCUGACACAUUCAAAAAUGGAAAACGGCAACCUCCGAGCACACUACACCAAAACCACCGUUCGAGCCGGGGAGGUGCUUCGACUUGCAGCCGUUUUCCAGGACACGAGGAGGGCUCCGAUAUCCACCGGGGUGUCCGGCGUGAUCGGCAACAUGCCGGAGGGCAAGAGCUCGAGGUCGUCGGAGCGGGACCAGUACGCCCAGUGCUUGGACUCUCAUGGUCACGAGUUGUUCGCUCCCUUGUCGAGCAGGGGCGAGUUCUAUGCGACUUGCCAAAGCGGAAACCUCAACACGGACAGCGACGCCGUUCUUUACAGGGUGCACCAGCUAGCCAGGAGGGACCUACCCUUGAAGGUUCGCCUCGUAGCUGGACCUCUGCCGAUUCCGCUCCCUCGGGACUACACGGGUCUCAUGCAGCUCGAGGAAACUACUCGGGGCCCCAUCGUCCUAGGUUGUGCGGUACCGCUGCUGCCCGAGAGACCUCUGCCGGGAUCCACGAUCCCGGAACUCUUGGAGCUUCUCGCUACCGGGCCAACUGCGCCUCGUGUCAAAAGGGCCAGGCUGGGGUGUCCGUCUGAGGCCAGGUUAUUGGCCUCGCCGAAGAUGCAACGACUGUUAUCGGCCUGCAGGCGAGCUUUGGACCAGAGAGCGACGGAGCCGAGGGUGGCACCGCCGAAGCCAGCAGGGACAAACCUGGAGCUGAAGGAGCUCCACUUGAAGGAGAUAAAGUCGAAGCCGGAGACGAAGCCGAUCCUCCAGAGCUUGAAGGAGGGUCUGGAGCACAUGAAGAAGACGACUAUCAGGGACCGAAGCAGCCAGUCACGGCAGAGCAGCAACGGAAGUGGUUUCCUCGACCGGAUAUCGAGGAUAGCUCACGGCGGGCGGAGCCGGAACCCCGCGAAGAAGUCCGCCUCCUUCACCUUCGCCGUUCGACCGGAAAUCGGGAUGCGGUCGCCGGAACGGUACGCGAGCCUUGAGUCCGAGGCGACCUCCCUCCUCCCAGGGGCCGCGGCCGGCAGACAGCAGGUCCAGAGGUCCGUGUCGACGAGCGUCCUCGAGGUGCAGAACCAUCCGGACCUCGACCCGCCCUACUCGAGGGUCAGGGACAGCCUCACUCCGCUUCCGGCGACGCCGCCGCCGAAGGCGGAGGACAUUUACGCCGAGAUAUGCGAGCCGACGGGUAGCGUAGCUUUGCAGGUAGUCGGAAGGGAUAAGCUGCACGGAUCCGGAGGGAAGAAGGAGGCUAAGGGGACCAAGGAGCGGGACCGAGGGUACGUCAAGCUCGCCUCGCAUUCGGCGAUCUCCGAGACCUCGGGGAGCGCCGAGGAUGAGGAGGCGAUAUACAACACCGUCUGUUGAACGACCUUUUACCCGUACGUUUGUGACAAUGAAAUUACGCCACUGUGAUUAGUCAUUGAAGGGAUCGCUGCGUAACUCCACGGCGGAGCAGAAGAAACGCCCCGGUAAUUGGGCGCGACCAGGUAACGGCGCUUAGAGGAGUGCCCUCUUCCCUCUUAUAUCCACGCAAUGCGUUCAGGUAUAAUUACGCGUGUCCAGCUCGCCUCGCACUCGCACUCACACUUGCAUCUACUUACGCUCACAUUCGUGCGAUCCGCCUGGCAGAACGAGAUUACGGUCCCACGGAUGAAUUGAUUUCUACCUUAGAAGCACGGAUGUGUACCGAAGAUUUCCACGCUGAUAGGUAUUAUAUGUAUGUAUAACGUACCAGUUGCCGAGAGUGGCUUGUUGUAGGUUUAUCAACCCAGCGGCCAUGGUUCAUCUUUUUUCCUGUGUCUUUUUUUUUUUUUUUGUCUUCAUCGCAGCCUCGUCGAGACCGGCUCGGAAAUUCCCUUGACUCUUUGUAACACAAAUUUUAUUUACAAAGUAAAUUUAAAGAACAUUUCUCAAAAUAUAACCGUCCUUGUUUGGUCGAAAUGAUAACAUUACUCUCUGCAUAUUCCAAACGUUGUUUCACAAACUGAACAGUGCACUCGUCAAAUUUCAUUAACGCGACGAAGGGCGAUAUUAUAAAGUUAAAAAAAAUACGUAUCAAACGAAAAUGUGUUACUGUGCUUCAAAGUUCUCACGUAACUCCAUGGCAACGACGUACGUAAGUACACAUAGGAAUAUUCUACAUAUAAUGUACGUAAUAUGACGGUGCCAUUGAAAAAUUUUGCUCCUCAAUUUUUUCCUUCGGAUCCACACGCACACAUGGGCGUUAGAGUUAAAGCUUAAGUCAUCGUCUAAAGUCCGUGACUUACCGCGAGUAACGUGUAUAUCUAUAAUAAAAAUCUGUACGAGCGAAUUCCAUUUCGAGCUGCACGAUUGAUGUAUCGUAAUAUCCUGAACGAUGAUUCGGCCGUGUGAUCGAUACGAAGACAUUAUAUGAUGUAACUUGUCGAGAAAAAAGUUCUGCAAUAAAAUCACAUCAGCGAAAACGAAAACAAAAACAAGCUUAAAAAAUAAACAAAACGGAUCGAGAUAAAAACUCUAGAUUAACCAACUAAUGAAUAGUAUAUUUAGUACGUACGAUCUUUCAAAUUCAGGUUUACGUUAUGAUAAGUUGAAUAAAACGUUCGUAUAACAAUCA